AUGCUACGAACACGAGCUACCGCGCUGCUGAGACCCGCUGUGGCUCAGAAGGCUCUUAUAGCACCGCCUGGGCUGGCCGUGCGGGCUGCCUCACGCUUCGCUCGCUCUCGACGAACUCCCGCCGUUCCUCAUCAUCGUUCGGCACAACCGCCCUCGCAACUCGCGCCGACUGCCAGCCAUGCAUUCGAAGCUGCAAGCGAAGGGACGCAGACGACUGCGCCAGUCCCGCUCGAAGCCGCCUCCUCUAUCGCCCAGAUCCCCGUCCAUGUUCCUCACGACUCCGACGGCGUCCUCGACCGGGCGACAGGCUCAUGGGCAGAGCACACGCGCACUCUCCUGUCCCAGCCCGCCAUCGUCGUCGUCCGGCAAAUCGAGCUGCUGAAUGUCUUCGUCGGCUUCGAGCAGGCGAACCGAUACCAGCUCCUCUCGCCAGAGGGACACCUCCUUGGCUACCUCUUAGAGGAGGAGACGUCGAUCGCCGGGACGAUGAGCCGACAGCUCUUGCGGAAUCACCGGCCGUUCAAGGCGGUCGUCAUCUCGCCAGACGGACAAGUCCUCCUUCGCAUCCACCGUCCCUUUGCCUGGAUCAACUCUCGCAUCUAUGUCUCCACCCCGACGUCUGGCGCGACGACUGCGCAAGAUGCCAAAGAGGAGAUGCAGCGGCUCGAAGCGCCUGGCACCUCGUCCUCUCCGGCUUCGACAGCGCUCACAACUCGCCCGAACGAGCAGGAGUACCAGGACGACGGCGAGAUCAUCGGCGAGACGCAGCAAGAGUGGCACAUCUACCGCCGACGGUAUAACCACUUCGUCCAGCGCGGCGACGAGAUGGUCCAGUUUGCCAAGACGGACGCGGGCUUUCUUGCAUGGGACUUUUCGGUGCGGGACGAGGAGGGAAAGGUGGUGGGAUCGAUCAACCGAAACUUUGCCGGCUUCGCUCGCGAGCUCUUCACCGACACCGGCCACUACGUGAUCCGUUUCGAGGGCGUCAUCGAUGAACUCAACCCGCGCCUUGAACCUCCUGCGCCGUCCGGCAUGCUUCCUUCGCCCGGAUCCUCCGCUCCUUCGACAGCCCUCACUCCUUCUUCCGCCGACCGCUCCACCUCUUCCGCCGAGGCUCCUCCCUCUCUUCCGCUCGAUCAUCGCGCAGUCCUCCUUGCAACCGCAGUUACCGCCGACAUCGACUACUUCAGCCGACAGCGCGGCGGCCUGAUGGGCGGCGGCGGCAUGUUCAUGCCGAUCCCGAUCCCAAUGGGCGGUAUGGGCGGCGCCGCAGCAGGCGAAGCGGGCGAAGUCGCCGCUGGAGCGGAAGAAGCGAGCGGAGCGGCUGUCCCUCAGGCUGGACGGAUACCUGGUGCGGACGGGGAGGGACCGCUUCCCUCUACUGAAUUUGAGGAGGACGAGUUUGCUGUGCGAAAUAGGCCAGAGGGUGUGCCAAGAGGCGAAGAUGGAGUCGUAUCGGGCGGUGGAGCGGGACAGGGAUGGGGUCAGGAGGAAGAGGUGAUGCGGGAUCCGUGGGCGACCGAGGCACCGCAGGAAGAGGGGACAUGGACUUGGGGAGAUCUCUGGGGAGACGAAAAUGGCGGCGGUGCAGGUGGUGGUGGAGGAGGAGGAGAUUGGGGAGGAGACGGGGAUUGGUGA